AACUGUGAAGGUGUUCAACAAUCACAAGAAUCAUUUUGUUAGUUUCACCUUGCCGAGUUAUGAUUCGAGCAAUAAAGUAGCCUUUACUCGACCUGUAUUCAAAGUUCUUGAACUUGUUUUAAUGGAGAUGCGUUAAACAUGAGGUAGAAGGUAAAUUAGCAUAUUGCAUUAUUUAUAAUCCAACACGAUCUCUAAUUACUUUAACCCUUAAUCCGAGAUACUAUAGAGGAAGAAAUAAAAUGAAUAUUUUAUAAGAUUAUCACCUUCUCUAACAUUUCCAUUGAUUCUACCUGUACCUCUACACGAAGGAGAUGAUUAUAGCUGCUUUCAUUAUCCUUGAACUUCGAAUGAAAGUGAAUAGAUUUAAAUGGAAAAUCACCGAACAUCGUCUCGUAGCGGCUUAUAGACAAAACACCCUUGACCUCCGUCGAUGGAUAUACCCUUUUUCCAGCGCCACCGACUCUCGAGGGUGCAUCGACGCCUGAACUUGGUAUAUCCGAAAUCGAAGAACGACGACCAGCAUCGAGUUACGGAAUUCCGUAUAACGAUGACGGAGCAACAACCAAACAAGGAAGACGAUGAGGAUGUGGUUUGCGGAAUCGAUACAUCUACGACAAUAUCAGAAGAGACUUUUCCACGAUACAAAACGCCGGUGCAUUUAGAAAAAUCCGUCAAAUCGGUUGCCAUUCAAACGAUAAUUGGCCAACCAUUGCGACUAAGAGUUUUGCCAUCCGUUAAAGACAUUGUUCAUGAAAACGAAACGAAUUCAGCAGAUGUAAAAGGAUUUUCUAAAAUAUGGAAAUAUAUUAGAUUCUUAGGAAGAUUAUCCCUUUCUUUGUUCGGAUUGUUCUGGUUUCUCAUCACCUGGGCAAUCGUAGGUGCCAUUGUUUUCUGCGCCAUCGAAGGGCCAAGGGAACGUGAACAAGUAACAAUACUGAAAGAUUUGCAAAAUGAUUUAUCAGUUAGCUUAGCAACGGAGUUAAGACAAUUGCGUACAGAAAAAGAGGAAGAUCUAGAACCACUUUGGAGUGUCAAAGUAGAAAAAUAUGUGGCGAAACACGAAGAGCUUUUGCUGAGGGCAGUUAGUUCUGGAUAUGGUGAAAGUGGCAAUAGUGGAGAACUUUGGACGCUUCCUGGUUGUAUCCUAUUUUCUCUUUCACUUCUCACUACUCUUGGUUUCGGUGCUCCCGUUCCACGUACAACAAUCGGUCGUACGGUAACCGUUAUUUUUGCAGCAAUUGGUAUACCUGCACAUUUCCUUUUGAUCAUGAACGUCGGCCUUCUGUUAGCUAUUCGAUUACAGAGAUACGCCAUAUCAAGGAAAUUUGAUGAAUAUGAUCAAAAGGAUCCGAAAUAUUUAGCACCGAUACCCAAAUGGGUUAAAAUAGUACCUUUCGUUUUUGGAGAACAAGACUGCAGAAAAACUUGGGCCUUAUUGCGAGACUCCUUCAGGCGUGCCAUAAAGAAACAGAAAAAGAAUAGCCAAGCGAACGUAACUUGCAAAAAAUGGAGGUAUCAAGACGAGAUGUCGUUUCUAAUACCGUUUAUGAAGGAAAGAUCUACUCUUUGCAUACUGACACCUCAAACCGACGAGCACGAUGAUUAUGAAGUUAAUUUGGAUAGUGAAAGUUCUAUCCCAUCUCUAGAUUAUACAUCCGAUAGAGUGUCAACAGACAACAACCCAUUCAAUCUGAGUACAGCAACGGCCGUGGUGCGUUCAACUAAAUGCCAACGAAAUAAUUCAUUUAAGAAUCUCUCGAGCGAAGAAACGUUAAUGAAAUACGUAUUAGAUAAUAAAAGGAACUGCGACGACAUUGAACAGUUCUUUGCCAGUAUGGCCACGACAGUGAAAUCGUUUCCUCCGCGAGAGAGAGCUGUAGCAAAAGCUAAGGUGUUUGAACUUAUUUCGAAAAUGGAAAUAGAUAUUCUAAGCAAUCCAUCUACUUCUGAUAACAAACCAACGAUGCCCUUCUAGUCAAAUGACACUUAUGAAAGGAGUUCUUGCACUACUUCCUCUUUUAACUCGUUCACUGCGGACGUUACAGGUCUGCAUAGGCUGUGAUUUUGGAAAUUAUAAUAAGAAAUAAUGUUAUUUUUAUAUGGAUAUAUAUAUAUAUAUAUAUAUAAACAUAUCACUAUUUAUAGAUGAUUGAUAAAAAAAUAUUGA